AUGAAUCGAUGUCAUAGUAAUCUUGAUGUGCAUCAUAGUCGUCAUUUAUCUUUACAUAAACCUGGCUUAAUACCAAAAUCAUCUCGAAAUAUUUCACCGAUUACGCCAAAUCGUCAUAAAUAUGAAUUAAAACAGAAAAUUUGGCCAAAACAAACAGUUGAAUCAUGGUUUCAAAAUCAUUCAUCUGAUGAACGUCGAGCUGUUUAUAGUUUUCUUAAUACACUUUAUGAUCAUGAUGGUCAAAAUCAAAUAGAAGACCGAUCAUCAAUUGGACGAUGUCGAAAAUCACCUAGCUUACGAUGUCCUAGCGGAGUAAAUACGCCUGCUAUUCAUACAUCAAAUUAUUCAUCGCAACAACGGAUGUCAAACAAUGGUAGACAUGAAAGUCGAGCAUCGAAACGUGAUCUUGGAGAAAUUCUUGAAUCAUUAGAAAGUUUUCGUAAGUCACCACCAUUUCAAGAAAAAGGUAUUCAAACAUCAGCAACACCAAUCACAGUUCCAUUACCUGAUGUCAAUGAAACAAAAAAUGGUCGCAAAACCGCAAAACAUAUAAAACGUUCAGCAACAUCAUUGGAUAAGUAUACCGAAACAGUUCAACCUCAAAAUUCAACUGAUAAUAAUGCAGAUGUAAAUGAUAAUGAAAAUAAUAAAACAAGCCGACGUUAUUUAUCUCAAACAUGGCGUGUAAUAAAUCCACGUGAAGAUAUGGAACUAAAUGCUCGUCCUGAAAAUAAUAUAUCAUCAUUUUUUAGUUACACAAAAAAAGUAUAUCCUGAAUAUUUUUUUAUUCAUCCUGAUUGGUAUUAA